GGGGCUAGCCUAGAGAAGGAAGAAAGUGGGACUAGGGUUAAGGGUAGUAGUAGACCUGAGGUUAUUGUGGGGUUGACAGAGGUGGGUAAUGUUGAGAAAGAGAAUGAAAAGGUGGAAGGGGGUAGUAGCUCUAUGCAGACCAAGAGGACCCUUAGUCCUAAGGGUCUGGAUAUUUCUCCUACUCUUCAAACAAUCCCUGAAAUAUACUCUGAGGAUCUGGUUGAGGUUGUUGUUUGUGCUUCUGUGGAUAGUAACAAUAUCCAGAAGAAAACAAGAGGAUUUACCAGAAAAAUCAGAACUAACAAAACAACCCAGUCUCAAAUUAUGCAAGUUUACAACCCCCUUAUGAGUAGCCAUUUGGCUAUGUCAGACGGAUCUUUGAAAAGAAAACUCAUGUCUGAUUUAGAGGUAGUUGAGGCUGGGGGUAGUAGCAGUGGUAAAAAACCCAAAAACUCUAAUCAGGAGUUAGCUGUAGAGGUGGAGGAGGCCUACCUGAAAGGGGCCCACAGUGGUUGUCCUGAUGCUCAGUGGGCAAUUUUCCUCUAUGCAAGCACUGAUCCAUGGGUCAGA